GGACUCCAUCUCUGCCAUCUCUUUCCUCUCAGACACCAAAUGUGAGCUGAAAUUUGCUACUUGAGCAAUGAAGACUGAGAAAAGCUGUGCGGAAAUAUCGGCGACGCGCCGCCAGGUGAAAGAUCAGCUCCAAAAACCAAGAGAAGAUGUCCCUGAGAAGCAGGAUGAACGGAAAUACGUCGAUUUGGAGUUAGUAAAUGUGAAGACAGAGGCGACAAAACCGCAGCCAGACCGACGUUUUAGUGAGAGAAACCAAAUGUCUUUAAUUGUCUCCAACAGUGGAACCGGAGCGCCGUGCGCACCAGAACGAAAGGAUUUGGCGAUAAAAAGCGAGACAGCUAAUAAGACGAGAGAUAAAGUCACAACUGGGAAAUGUGGAGAUGAUGUCAAACAGCAUCACGCUGAUCUGUCAUCACCAUCAGUUCCUUUUCGUUCAAAUGCAAAUUCAGAGGAUUUUCUCAAAUCGGGAGACACUGGGGGUGGCUCCAUAACGCAGCACGAGGUGUCCAAAACAGAAAGCAACGGAAACCUACAACCAGAUGAAGAGUUAGACAGUGGCGAUAAUUAUCUGGGGGGGAGAAGCGAGCUUGAUGAUUAUGAAGUGGACGAUGAUGUAAGUUUGGUGCUUUCUGAUGACUGCGUUCCGUGCGCAACGGAAGACGAAUCCCAUUACAUUACCACGCACGAGAUCCAGCUCUCAGAGCUUUCUGACCAUGAGGAAGACUACGAAGCCGGCGCGGGCUCUUCCACGAGCUGGGACAUUGAAGAUGACAAUCAGGUUUACUCAUUUGUUGAUUACGCUUCUUUUGACGGCGAUGGAGCGGUGGGCGAGAGGGGGGACGGCCACCGGCCUCGCUCUCAGGGCGCAGCAGCAACAGUCAGCACUCUGCUGGAAAGUGAUCUGCGCGACGCGGCCAAAUUCACCAGCUCAAAUGAGAGUGUGUCAAAGCCCGAGCAGCAACACUGCAGUGGCAACAGUACCGGACAGAUCCACCUGUCAAUCAGAACCACCUCUCGAGCUAUAAAUGACCCUAGCAACAUCCAAGAACAGGAAAAUAUUCUUUAUCAUGCCAGGCGCUCCGGAGACAUGAGUCACUAUGUGUGUAGAGGAGUUGAUGGGGAGGCAGAGACGUUGUGUGACAGGGCAAAAUGUUUUGUAGCAGCACCCGGGCGCUUACACUUUGGCGGCAAAUUGAGGGGGAAAGAAGUCACCGAAUAUUCCAGCGGCACGUCCAGUGCUGUCAGCGAGCUGGACGACGCUGACAAGGAGGUGCGCAAUCUGACAGCCAGAGCCUUCAAGAGCCUGGCCUAUCCUUACUUUGAUGCCAUUAAUUUCAGCACCUCCAGUGAGUCCUCUGCAUCAGAGCAUGGGGUUGGGAUAAACAGAUGGUCCACGUUUGUCGACCUGAAAUAUGGCAACAUGAAUAUGGACCAAAGUGUUGUUUCUCAUCAAAGCUCAGCGGCCUCAUUUGAAAUAGCCAAAACCAUAGAGAGUAGGGGUUAUAAGGGCACUGGAUUGCCAAGCAUCAAAGCGCCCACCAACAAGAUAUUAACUCUAAAUGAAAAUCCCCAAAACGCAUCGUCAUCUUCAAAGAAAAUAGAGCUAAUGGGGAAAUUUGGUCAGGGCCACAGUGGUGUGAUAAGGCUCACAGAGACUCUGAAUUUUCGUUGCAAUGUUAAAUCUGGAAUGUCUGCGGGAGAAAGACGCACUAACUUCACGCAAAACGCAACAGGAUCACGUUCCACAGAUGAAGUUACCAACGGUUUGCUAAGAGGCCAGAGUAGAGGGGCCAGCAAGCCGCCCUCUAAAACCAUGGAAGACACACACAAGAAAGCUAUAUUUGCUUCGAGCCUUAUCAAAAAUGUGAUUUCUAAGAAGAUGCAGUUCGAGCAGGAGCGCAAGAUGGAAAGAGGAGAAAUAAGUGAGCCGCAGCAGACGCCUUCACCCUGCUUUUUGCACCAGGAUAGUGACUGCCUCAGAGGGAAGGCGAGCAGGGAGCUGCACAGACAGAGCUCCAAGUUUUCCGAGAGCAGCUCCGACUACGCCAUAAUAUGCUUAAAUGAAUUAGGGGAUGUCGUGGACAGCGGCUCGUGUGAUACCAAGAGCGACUUUCAGAGAGAAGAAACAGCCGCUCCAGCAGCAGAAACUAAUUUGGAACCGGCGAAUGAAGUUGGAAUUGAUACUAAAAAAGGCGCACGGGAAGCAUCCAAAAGCACGCUGCUUCGCAGCCAAAAUAGCGCCUUCAGAUGUUGGAAGGAUGAGGAGCUAGAGUUUCAAAAGGAUCAUAAAAACGGUAAAACACCAGGGGAGAAGCUGCUUUCAGCUAACGACAAAGAGGGUGAAGUGGAUCGGUACUCUGCAGACAACAGCAAACUGAAGAAAAUGUCUCAUUUAUUUGUGCCAAGUAUCCAACUGCUACCCAGUGAAGGAGAAGCCACACACCAGCUGCAGAGCAGGAAUUAUUCUCCGUGCGGACAUGGAGGUGCAACGAAAGUACACCCUGACAACUCUCUGUAUAUUACAGACUCCAGGAGUCUGACUACAUCUAAAUCUCCGGAAAUUAAAAUUAACUUAAGGCGCGUCAAAGAUAAUAAAACUGAGCCUUUUGGCGUCUCCAAACUGCGCGCUCAUAAUAUAGGCUGCAACACGAGCAACCUCACGAGUACAGAUCACUUCAAUUGCCAAGCCCUUGCUACAGCUUUGAAGGGUGAGUCUUCAGAUAAAGUUCCGCAUUUCAUGGUUAGAGACAUUAGAGAUAAUAAGGGGAAGCUGCAGACACCCAUUUAUCAAGUGAGAGACGUGCGUAAGCUGGUUAAAAGUUCCUAUCACUUUGUUUCUUUGGAUAACAACGAAAAUAAAUCCAAUAUUGCUUCUGCUGACAGCCACCCAGAACAACAGCAAAACAAGCAACUGCCCAAUCAAAAUAUUCAUUCUGUGUCCCCGAUAGUGAUUAAGUGUCAGUCUGUGAAUACUAACGGGAAACAAUCUGGAAAUCCUGAAGUAACUAAACGGGAGCCGUUUGAUGCAGACAGAUCACCACUAGAGGGCGUUAAAAAUGCUCAAAGGGCUGCAGGGACCGCAUGUCAGCUCCCAAAUAAUUCCGCACAGGGAAACACUGGUUUAAGAACUGAAAGCAGAACAUCGUCAAAGAAGCAAGAGAAAAUCUCAGAUAUCAUAGAUAAAAAACCUGCAUCAAAGUUGCCAAACCAAGCAGCUCUGGAAAAACUCCAGGCUGCUGUGAAAACAAUGGAGCAGCUUUAUGUGUUUGAAAAAAAUGAAUGGAAAAGGAAGAAUGAACCCCAGCCCCUUACAGACAGCCACGUGCUUUCACUGAUAGCCAGCGAGGAGCAUGCAGGAUACGAAGAGGAAACUGCAAGGGGGUCUAAUGUGGACAAGUCCGCCAGAAGAGACUCCCACUCUAACACAGACAAGGCACUGGCGGCAGGAGCAGGAGAGAGCCUGCUGAGACAGGAUGAGAAAGACCUACUCAAAGCCCUUCCCACACCUGGUGGCUGUGAUGGCAGGCCUAAGUCAGUGCAAGCCCCUAGCACCACAGAGAGCAAAAACAUGUUCAGCCUCAGCUCCAGUGUCAAGGUCUCCACAACUUCAAAGAUGCCCCAACCAAACACCAUCACACAAACACCUUUUAGUACCAAAAGCUUUGUACCGAAGUCCCCCAAAUUGCCCAGGUCAUUAACAAUCAAAGAGACAAGGCCAACUGGGAAUGAAGAAGUGGGACUGAAGGAAGUGGACAGAUUUGCACAGGAAUUUUCAGCUGACAGUGAGAACUACUUAGCUAUUCCAGUCAAGUCUCACCCUAGCAAAAGUAAACAGUCUUCAUCUGCUGAUAAAGCACCGGUCUAUAUGUUCUCCACCCAGUCACACCCAACUACACCUCCAGGACAUGUGGACUCUGGCAGCAGAGGUCCAGAAGACUACAAACAGACUGCUAAACACUCCAGCAUUGUAAUGGAGACACGCUCACCAGAGAUCCCUUCUGCUACACUCUACCAUUCGUUGCCACUGGGCAUGUCCGCCAAUCAGUCACAGGUCUACUGCUUCUCCCCAGCAAUCACCCCAGCGCCCACCCUGGACCCGUUCCAGGCCACCCAGAGGAAGAUGCUCCUGGAUCCCACCACUGGAAACUAUUACUUGGUAGACACUCCAGUGCAGCCUGCUACUAAGCGUCUCUUUGAUCCAGAAACAGGCCAAUAUGUGGAUGUGCCUAUGCCACAGCCGUCCAUGACACCUGUACCUAUGGCCAUCUCACCUUUAGCCCUCAAUCCUGGCUUUUAUGGUCACACAUACAUGAUCUACCCGGGUCUCAUGCCACCACCUUCAGUGAUACCUAGCAGGGCAUUUCUACAGUCGCAGAUGUCCGUGCAGUCAGAGGUAGAGAGCGAUGACAAAACCUCUUCACAGCAGACUGAGGGCAUGUACAUUGAGAGUCCUUUCUACAUGUCCACUGGAAAAUCUUCCCAGGUGGCGUCAGGUGUUCAACAGCAGGCUGCUGCCAACAGGCCGCAGCAGGGCUUUUCCAGCAUCAAGCAGCCGGUCAUCAGCAUCACCUCCCAGCAAGGCCCCCGGAUCAUUGCCCCACCCUCAUUUGAUGGAACAACCAUGAGCUUCGUGGUGGAGCACAGAUGA